GUGCAGAAGUCCUGCUAGUCUGGUCCUUGUUCCCGUCUGGGUACCAGCUUGCUUCAGCAGCGCAGCCGGUGGGGCCUGAGGCUAGGAGAAGGAGAAGGAGUCAGCUUGCCGGAAUUUUGCAGGUCUGCAGGUCUGUUGUUCAUAGCAGUACGCAGGGCUAGAAAAGGCGAGGAAGAAACUGACCGAAUCGGUACGGAAGUAGUUGUUUUCAAAGAAGAAUAAGCAGAAAAAAAGAAAGGAAGAGGGAACAGGAGGAAGAGAGACAGAUACAAGAUGACACCCUGUCAAAAGAUUGAAGGAAAACCAGAAAAUGAGAGUGAACCAAAACUUGAGGAAGAGCCAAAGCCUGAGGAAAAGCCAGAGGAGGAGGAAGAGCCAGAGGAGGAGGAAAAAACAGAAGGAACUUUUAGAGAAAGGCUGAUUCAGUCUCUCCAGGAAUUUAAAGAAGAUAUACACAACAGGCAUUUAAGCAAGGAAGAUAUGUUUAGAGAAGUGAAUGAAUUAGACGAGAUAAGGAGAGUAAGAAACAAACUUAUAGUGAUGCGUUGGAAGGUUAAUCGAAACCAUCCUUACCCCUAUUUAAUGUAGUUUACCUUGAUUUUUAUUUUUUCUGAUGUUAACAUUACUUUCUUUUGAUUUGAAUUUUCCCAAUACACCUUUGUCCAUCUUUCUACUUUUAACUUGUUGCUAUUAGUGGUUUUAGAUGCAUCUCAUUGUUUAUUUUACUUCAAAGCAAUCUACAAGUCUUUGCCUUUUAAUAAGAGAACUUUACUCAUUUGUACAAAAAGAGGUUCCUGGCAGGAUAUAAAAUGAAAAAAGUUACUAAGUAAUAUGUGAAUAUCAUAUUUUUGAAAGGGAAGAGUACACUUAUAUAUCACAUAUAUGCACAGAAGAACAUGUGAAGGAUGAAAGACAAAGUACAGUCAGUGGUAGAAUUAUGAGUGAUUUUUUUAUUCAGCUUAUUUGUAUUUUUCCUUAUUCCUAGAAUGUACACACAUUAUUGUUAAAAAUAAUAAAAGCUUUAUUUAAAAAAAGGAGUAAACAACAGUACUGAGUAUAUUUCUAAAGGCAUUGGGACACAAUAUUUAAUGGCAGAGUUUUAGAAGCAAAUGUAAACUCCAAAUUACCACCAGACCACUUAGCUAGGAGAAUAAAUUUUACAUCUUUUCUCAUCUGCAAAAUAGAGAUAAUAAAGAACUUUCAGGGAUCUUAUGAGGACCAAACAAGGUAGUGACUGUGAACUGUAUUUGACAAGCUUUUGUUCCCAUCUGCUCAUGCAGGAUCCCAACUCCUAAGAGAUUUAUUUCAGGUAUUUUGGAGGGAGAAAGUAGUUCUCACCUGUGCUUAAGAACAAAUCCAGACAACUGUUAGGUGGGCACUACGUUUGUGUUUCUCUCCUGCUGUGCCUGCCUAACCUUCCAUCCUCCUCCCCUUGAUACUACCAUGUGUAUUGGGUAUUUCUGCCCCUUCAUUCAGGUUCUGUACUUCUCAGGCCCCUAACACUGCUGAUGUGUUAGAAAUCUCAAAUAGUGAAGCCCAACAUAUUUCUUUGGAACCCCCAAUGGACUGACUCUCCAGUCUGACCUCUACAGAAGUAGGGGAAACACCCAUCUCUUAAAUUUAGAUAGACAUUUAUGCAGGGCCACUUGGGCUGUGAUAUCUUAUUGAUACCUUGGCAACUUUGGGAUUUUAAUCACAGACCCCCUCUUCCGCAUAAGAUUCGGACACAAUGGGUCUCUUUGGGGGUGGGACCAGAAGAUAAGACUGAGUAACAGACAUUAUGCUUUAGUCAGAGUUGCUUAUGAGCCUAAAGAUUGGUUUUAUCUUCCUGACUCUUAUUUCCUUAGGGUGAGCAAUCUCUCCCAAAAGACUGGUGGCAGGCCCUCCUCACCAGCUCAAAAGAUACCCUUAGACCUGUGUAAAUUUUUAAAGGGAGGUUCAAGUAAGAUUUCGGGAUAUUCCCAUGCUUACUUGGAAAUGUAUGAAGUGCUGU